CCCCGGAUGUAGAGGGGCGGGGCCGAGCUGUGUGGAGUUCCCGUCGUGCACCGAGCGGCGGCCCGAGUCCCUCCUGACAGAGACUGGAGAGCCGGAGAGAGCGGGGGGCCCUAAGAGAGCGAGUGGGGGGCCACAGCACCUAGGAGGAGGCUGUAUACAGGAGGGCUUCUCAGUACCACACACUCCUCUAUAGAUACAGGGGUCCCUGACUACCACAGAGCCCUCUACAUACAGAGGGUCCUUUAUUUACAGGGGGGGGCACAGUCCCUGGUUGGCAUAGUAGUGAGUUGGUAAAGGAUUGGGGGAGGGUGUCAGUCCCUGGUGGGCAUGGUAGUGGGUAAAGUAUAGGGGGGUCAGUCGCUGGUUAAAGUAUAGAGGGGUCAGUCGCUGGGUAAAGUCUAGGGGGGGGCUCAGUCUGUGAUUGGGUUUAGUAAUCGCGGCGGGUGCCCCGCUUGGCACAGCACUGCCCCCGUAGACAGAGGGUGUCCGCACCCAGCUGGGGGUCUAUGUAGUAUACAUGAGGUGCCCCACAUGUUGCGGUGGCCCGGUCUGUGGUAUAGAGGAGGGCACAGCCCCCGGACGGUGUAUGUUGUAUAGGCGGCGCUGCCCCCACCGGACACCAUGUUGAAGUGCAUGCCGUUGUGGCGCUGCAACCGUCAUGUGGAGAGCGUGGACCGGCGGCACAGCUCCCUGCACACCGUGCCCGAGGAGAUCUACCGCUACAGCCGCAGCCUAGAGGAACUACUGCUCGACUCCAACCAACUCCGAGAGCUGCCCAAGCCUUUCUUCCGCCUGCUGAAUCUUCGGAAAUUGGGCCUGGGUGACAAUGAGAUCCAGCGUCUUCCGCCUGAGGUGGCCAACUUCAUGCAGCUGGUGGAGUUCGAUAUCUCCCGCAAUGACAUUCCUGAAAUUCCAGAAAGUAUCAAGUUUUGCAAGUCAUUAGAGAUUGCAGAUUUCAGUGGAAACCCUCUCUCCAGACUGCCGGAUGGAUUUACGCAGCUCCGCAGCCUGGCUCACCUGGCGCUCAAUGAUGUUUCCUUACAGGCGCUGCCCCAUGACAUUGGCAAUUUAGCAAAUUUGGUCACAUUGGAAUUACGGGAAAACCUGCUGAAGUCUGUGCCAUCGUCUCUUUCAUUCCUGGUUAAAUUGGAACAUUUGGAUCUCGGAAGCAAUGACCUACAGGUUCUGCCUGACACACUCGGUGCCCUUCCUAACCUCCGAGAACUGUGGCUGGACCGGAACCAGCUCACGUCUCUGCCUCCGGAAUUGGGGAAUCUACGGCGAUUGGUGUGCCUGGAUGUCUCCGAGAACAAGCUGGAGGAACUUCCUGCAGAGAUCAGUGGCCUUGUGUCUCUCACCGACCUGCUGCUAUCUCAGAACCUGCUGACCAGCUUACCGUCUGGAAUAGGACACCUGAAACAAUUGUCCAUCUUGAAAGUGGAUCAGAACCGUCUGACCCAGCUGACCGAGUCCAUCGGAGACUGUGAAAAUCUGAGUGAGGUUAUUCUUACUGAGAACCUGCUGACGUAUCUGCCUAAGUCUAUGGGGAAUCUCACCAAGCUGACCAAUCUGAAUGUGGACCGCAAUCGGCUGACCUCUCUGCCCAGUGAGAUCGGAGGCUGUUCCAGUCUGAACAUGCUGUGCCUGCGCGAUAACCAGCUGACCUCCCUCCCGCCAGAGCUGGCCAAUGCCACGGAACUGCACGUGUUGGAUGUGGCGGGCAACAGAUUGCUGAACUUGCCCUUUGCGCUGACCAACCUCAAUUUGAAAGCUCUCUGGUUGGCUGAGAAUCAGUCCCAGCCAAUGCUGAAAUUUCAGACCGAAGAUGAUGAGAAAACUGGAUCCAAAGUGCUCACCUGCUACCUUCUGCCUCAGCAGCCGCCUCCGAUCAUCGAGAGCCCACUUCAAAACAGUAUGGAUGACAGCUGGAUAGACGGAAACCUCAACCGCGUCAGCGUCAUUCAGUUCCAGGAGGAGCCCAGAGCUGAAGAUGAAGAUGACGAGGCGGCAGCAGAGAGGAGGGGUCUGCAUAGAAGGGCCACGCCUCACCCCAGUGAACUAAAGGUGAUGAAGAAGGGGAUUGAGGAACGCCGGAAUGAGCAUUUCACCACCAAGCCAGAUACAGCAUCCCCCAGCGACGAGGAGAAGCGUCUCAGUGGUGGCUCUACACAGAGUGCCGAGUCUCAGCGCAGCGGCAGCACCGUGUCCGCCGGAUACCACGAGGAACGCCGGAACCUGGUGGAGGUGAAAGUAGAUGAGCCAGAAGAGGAGGAAGAGAACCCAGCGGAUGACAUGGAGGUGGAGUACUUGGAGCACUCGGUACACUUUGCAGAGGAGACUCUGGUGCACUGCGACGAGGAGGAGGAGGAUGAGUAUGACGAAGGUAGGGCAUCUCCGGAAAAGAAGCGCCUGAUCCGUAAAGACACGCCGCACUACAAGAAGCACUCGAAGAUCACAAAACUGCCAAACACAGAAGCUGUGGUGGCUUUGCUGCAGGGACAGGCCUCCUGUGAACUGCCGGAGAACGAGGAAGGACAUGGUCAGGGAUAUAUCAGGUGCUCACAGGAGGCUGAGGAUGAAGAUGAUGGAGAAGAGGCGGAGGAGGAAGAGGAGGACAAGGACUGGGAACUAGGGACUAGAGAUGAGAGGAACAGUGCCCAGCAGAAUGUCAAGGGUGUGUCGUUUGAUCAAGUGAAUAAUCUUCUGAUUGAGCCUGCAAGGAUAGAGGAGGAAGAGCUUACCCUCACCAUUCUGCGACAGACUGGGGGUCUGGGCAUCAGCAUAGCUGGGGGCAAAGGCUCCACCCCCUACAAGGGAGAUGAUGAGGGGAUUUUCAUAUCCAGAGUAGCAGAGGAAGGUCCUGCGGCUCGAGCCGGUGUGCGAGUUGGGGAUAAACUUCUCCAGGUGAAUGGCGUCGAGCUCCGUAACGCAGAACAUCAUAUGGCGGUGGAGGCCCUGCGCAGUUCCGGAACCUCCGUAUCUAUGACCGUAUUGCGGGAGAGAAUGGUGGAGCCUGAAAACCCCAUCACAGUCACCCCACUGCGGCCAGAGGACGAUUACAACCCUCGGGAAAAACGCGUCGUCGUCCCCUUUCCGGAAGAAGAGGAGGAGUGUUUGGAAAGCGUCAAGGAGCGAAUCUCUGCCUGUCUGAUGCGCAAUGACAAAGGUCUUGGAUUCAGCAUUGCUGGUGGUGUGGGGAGCACCCCGUACCGGGCUGGAGACACUGGUAUAUUCAUCUCACGGAUCGCAGAAGGCGGAGCCGCUCACCGGGACGGGACCCUCAGAGUUGGAGAUCGGGUCUUGUCAAUUAAUGGCGUAGACAUGACAGAAGCCAGGCAUGAUCAGGCAGUAGCACUGCUUACCAGCACUUCCCCCACCAUCACUCUACUGGUGGAGAGAGAACCCGUCCAACCGGGGGCACCGGCAGACCCGAGAGCAUCGCCUUCCCUUCACAGAGCUCGGCCGCGCUCGCCGCCACCACCUGCAGAGAGCGAGAAUGGAGAGGGAGAAGACGACCCGACCUCGCCGAGGACCAGGAUGGAAGACGAGUAUCCUAUAGAGGAAGUUAUCCUGAUGAAGGCUGGGGGUCCCCUGGGUCUGAGUAUAGUAGGGGGCAGUGACCAUUCCAGCCACCCGUUUGGGGUACGAGAACCGGGCGUCUUCAUCUCCAAGGUGAUCCCUCGCGGAGUGGCCGCUCGAAGCGGGCUCAGGGUGGGUGACCGGAUUUUAGAGUCGGCCGGAAUGGAUCUGAGAAAUGCCACCCACCAGGAAGCUGUGAAGGCCCUGCUCACCCCAGACAAGGAGCUGCGGCUGCUGGUGAGGAGAGACCCUCCGCCCACAGGGAUGCAGGAAAUCUGCAUUGUGAAAACACCAGGAGAGAAGUUGGGGAUCAGUAUUCGUGGCGGAGCCAAGGGUCACCCCGGAAACCCCCUCGAUCCAACCGAUGAGGGAGUCUUCAUCUCCAAGGUCAGUUCCUCCGGAGCAGCAGCUCGAGAUGCUCGGCUGAAGGUCGGCAUGCGGAUUUUGGAGGUGAAUCAGCAAAGCCUGCUGGGGAUGACGCACACAGAGGCGGUCCAGGCACUGCGUGGAGUAGGCGACACGCUCCUUAUUCUUGUCUGUGAUGGCUUUGAUCCGGUCUCCACUAACUCAAUUGAGGCUUCUCCUGGCGUGAUCGCCAAUCCGUUCGCGUCCGGCCUUGGAAGGAAGAACAGCAUGGAGAGCAUCUCUUCCAUCGAUCGCGAUAUGAGUCCGGAAGAGAUGGAGCGAUUGCAGAAGCAGGAGGUGGAGGUGGUUCGGGAGGUGAAGUGGGAAAAAGAGGACAUGGAGAAAGUGGAGAAAAUGCGCAAGGAGCGCGAGGAGGCUACGCGGCUCCUCGAAGAGGAAGCUAAGGGCUACACAACGCCAUCUACGGAACCUAUGAUGAUGGAUUACAAGACACUGGCAGCGUUACCCAGCAGCGGCCUGCCCAAGGGGAACAGACUCCCCCUGGAAAUGGACCCUUCCUACUCUCCUGUCCCCGUGGCCCUUGUCCAUCCUGUCCCGACAGUCAUAGCCAAUGGCCCCUCCUGCCUCUCCGCCCUCCCGGUUUCCUCUCCACACCCGGCCGUUGCGCCCGCCCCCGCGGCUGUGCCCAGCGAGUCUGUAACCCCGUCCGGUAAGGCGGAGCCAGAGGAGGAGGAGGAGGAGGUGCUUGUGGACUGCCAGUCCAUCCUCUUCAAGGAGAAUCCCUUCAUACUGGCUAACAAGAAGCGGCCGGGGGCCAGCGCAAUCAAAUUAGCUGGGCCCCCCACUGGAUACGGCACGUCGGGGGUCCUGAAGACCAAUGUGUACUCCUGCAAGAAGACCCCUUCUGGAGAUUACACAACUGGAAAUAUAAGGGACGUUCCCAGUUCCCCCUGUAGCCCCAGCGGUUCGAAGGCAUUCCCUCCUAGGUCCUGUCCUCCCGCUGGCAGGGAGACGCGAUUUGCAGCAAUAAACUUUGUGAGUCACAGUGACAGCCGACAGGCCUCCUCUCCCACCCCCAGUGAUGGGCUUCCCUCUCACGUCAGACAAGUCUACAAAGCCUUUGCUGCGGUUCCCUCCACACACCCGUCCUCCGAGCAACAGGAGCCAACGACCCCCCUGACACCCGAUCGACCAUGUGUAACCCCUGAGGGUUUGGACAGUCCGGAGCAGCGAUCGUUCCGGGAGAGACAGAAAUACUUUGAAAUGGACAUGAAGCAGCAGCAGGAGAACCGUAUUCCCAAACGGGUGUCGCUAGUCGGGGAGGAUGACCUGAGGAAAAUGAAGGAAGAGGAAGCCCGGAAGAUCCAGAUGAAGCGAGAGCAGCUCCUGCGGGAGGAGGAGGAGGGCUACUCUGGAAACUCCAGUCCCCGGCCCGCCGCUCCCAGCACCCCAACCAGCGUCUUCAUCGAAGGGGUGGAGUACAAGAUUGAGCGUUUAGAUGGGGGAAGCCUGUCCUCGCUGACCGGGUUGUCACCAUCUGAAUCUCAGAGGAAUUCUCUUGAGGAUGCUUUCAGGAUGGAGCAAAGACCAAACUCCAUGUCAGGGCUGAGUCCGGUUUACCCCGCUGGAACGGAUAUGGCAGCCCCGGUCCGCACUGCCAAAGCGGAGAGGCGUCUGCAGGAACGGCUGAAGAUGCAGAGCCCGGAGUUAACGGAAGAGGAGAUGCAGCUGUCGCCUGCGGAGCGCAGAGCAUUGCAGGCUGAAAAACGCGCCAUGUGGAGAGCCGCCAGCACUCUGGAGGACAGUAUUAAGCAGUAUGAGCAGUCUCUGGCAAAGAAGCUGUACCAGUCGCGGCAGAACAGGCCCAGAACCCCCGAGGAUGCCAGCAGAAUGAAAUCUCUGGAACAGGAUGCGCUAAAGGCUCAGGUUGUGAUCGCUCGCUCCAAGGAGAACCGGAAACGGGGCACACUGGACCAGCUGGUAGAAUCCCCGUCCCCAGCUCCUACGCCAUCACCCACCCCUCUCGAAGAUUACAGCCCUCGUCUGCUGACAUCUCCCGGUAGACUGUCUCACUCAGACAAGAAGUUUGACUACAGACAAUUUGCUGCUAUUCCGUCUUCCAAACCCGUAUAUGAGAUUCAGUCCCCCGAUACAACGCCGGGCCUGACGUACGAGGAUGGACGAACAUCAGCAUCAUAUAGUAUAGAGGAAGUGGAGCAGCCGGAGGGACACAAAGAGGACGUGGAGGAGCACGGAGAUGCCCCCCCAAUCCCAGCACCCAACACAUCCGCACUAGAAGAGAUGGCCAACUACAGCAACAAGCGCAAGCUUCGCCACACCCGGAGGAGCCUGGAGACGGCCGUCCCCACAUAAACGGUCACCCCGGCGCACAGCCCAGCACUGUGAAUUACUCGCUACACAAAGACUGCGCUUUGAGCCGCGCAGAGUAGCGCUCUCUCUUCUCAAGAGGCGCCGCGCUCGGUCAGAGACACUGCAAGACGAGCUCGCUGCCGGGGGGGGGGGGGUUCCCUGCUUUUGGUGGAGGGAAGUGUACUGAUUUUGGCUUCUGGUGAUGACUUGCUUUUCACUCUCCUGUAUGGGUGGCAAUUUCACUAUAUUGGCAACGCUGGCGUCAAUCAGGAUGAGCAGCCAGCUUGUUAAAAAUCACUCGUAGAUAGCCAGCGGAUUAUUAGGAAAACGUUUAACCAGCAAGUUUGUAAAGACAUUGGAUAGUGCGCCCCUGGGGGGGCACCCUUGCCUUUUUUUUUAUUGACUGUCGUCGGGUGCUCAGAUUGUCCAGCAGCGGACCCAGGGCGCACGCACGCCGCAUAAGCCUUGGCGGGAAAGUUUUUAGUAUGUGCAAACCUGCUGGUCAUUUUACGGUGGCUGUGGUGGGAAUCUAUCUCUCGCUUAUCAUUCACAUGCAGGGAACUGGCUUUGUCUCAUUUUUAGUUUUAAACUGUAUUUUAUAGGAUGUUUUUUGCUUUUCUGAACAUUUUUGUGUUGCUAUAAUUCUUCCCCUGACACCUUUUCAUCACACUACUUGUAUAGAUUUUAGAAGAUGGACUUUUUUCUGACCCUGUGCCCCCCCCCCCCCCCCCCCCCCCCCACAUAGCUUAGAUGAGUCUUCCAAUCUUCCAAGGCUUUUAUUUUUUAGUCACUGCUAAGGAGGCACCCCGAUCCCAGGCUGGAGGUAUCCAGCGCUUGUUGUGCCGUGGAGUUUUAAUGGAACUGGGUGAGUGUAUGAUGUGAGAGGGUGGAAGGAGUGUGUGUGUGUGUUCUUAGAGCAGGUUAGGACGGGCUGUUUGAAGUGGGAAUGUGGUAUAUUUAUGAGUGGGUGUGAAUAUUUAUAGAGUGUGUGUGAAUGCAGGAAACUUAUCUGAUCUCACUGCCUUCUCAGAGGUCAUUAGGGGGGGGAAUCUUGUUGCCCUGGGGGACCUGCUAUGUGUUUCUUGACGGGUGAACGGGAAUCUUGCGAUCCAGUUUCUGACCCCCAUCCUCUCAGGCUAACCGAUGACCUCCAUUUCUACGAGAGAUAAAGUAAUGCCUCUGCAGUGGCUGUUUUCGGAUUGGGGCAACCCUUUACACCGGCUGCUGCUUCACCUCAGGUGAUAGAGUAUGAAGAGUAUAAAUCCUAUUGGUCAUGUCUGAAAGGGUAAGAUCACAUCCUGUCCUCGAUCACGGGAGAUGCCAGUAAGCCAUACGUUAUUUUUACCCCGUGGCAGGAUUUUGUGGGUCCCGCGGUCCAUGCUCUGUUUUUGUUAAUGCAUUUUAGAGUUUGGAGAAUACAUCAGGAGUGAGACUCUUUGGGCAAAGGAGGACUAGAGGGGCAGAGAGAAAUUCACCGGAUCAGAGUUUUAAAGUCCCUUGAAAGUCGUAGGCUGCCAACAUUUCUCCAGUCUUUCUUGGUGAUGAGCAGGUGGGGAUAGCAGGGGUGGUAUCCUGGAGUUUGGGGGGGGGGGGGGGGGGGGCUUGCUGUUUUAAGGGUUCAUACAUAAGAGUCCGUUAUCAAGCUGCAAAGAGAGAUCUGUGAGAAUAAAACGCUUCUCGGUUAAGUUUUUGUCCCUGGUUGAGUGUAUAAAGAUUCCCAUUCCCACUAAUCUGAGGAGUGGGGCCGUUUUUUUUUUUUUCUGGAUAUUGAUAUUCCCAAGUUCCAGUAGCCUUAAAUUCCAUGCCUGCAACCCACCAUCAUCUCCCAUCCUAGAAAAAAAUUCCCAUGCGGAGAUUCUAAUCCAAACUGCAGUUCAGGGAUCAGACACUAGGGGGCACUGUUGUGUGUCUGUUACUGCCAGGGAAGGGGUCAUCACAUCACUGCCAUUGCUUCAUCUUCUGUCACAUAUCAUGUUUUGUUUAAAAUAUCAGAUUCUGGAAGAUUUUUUUUUUUUUAAUUAUGAGGGGUAAAGUAAAAUGAGUAUGUGUGAUAUCUUUGGGUCUACAUUUUUUUUUCUCUAGUAGUUUAAGUUGCUUUAAGCUUUAGUCUCUGGAUGGGUGCUGCCAAGUACACAGGGUGACACACCUUCUGGUCUGCAGGGACACAGGAUCAAUCUUCUGGUGACUAAGGGAGGUCCAC